GUACGCAAACGUUUGCAAAUCGAGAUUGGCUGCUCGGUCCAAACUCACAUCGAGCUGCAAAAUUAAUGCACCAAAUAAAUAGUAAAUUCUGAAGCGGAGCCAUGGACGAAGGUAAGAAUACUCGGCCGCAUCUUCGGCCGGUGGCGGUGGCGGCGGUAAGAAGGCCGGCAUGGGCAAGCAGCACAAUACGUUACCGUUGUGGGGCAAUGAGACGUCUAUGAAUCUGAAUCCACUCAUAUUGGCAAACAUACAAAGUUCCAGCUACUUCAAAGUACACCUAUUCAAACUGAAAACGUAUCACGAGGUGGUCGACGAGAUCUACUACCAGGUCAAACACAUGGAGCCCUGGGAGCGGGGAUCACGCAAAACAUCCGGCCAGACGGGCAUGUGCGGCGGAGUACGUGGCGUUGGCGCCGGCGGCAUCGUGUCCACCGCCUAUUGUCUGCUCUACAAACUGUACACGCUGCGACUGACCCGCAAGCAAGUGAAUGGUCUACUCAAUCACACUGACUCGGCCUACAUACGGGCACUAGGUUUUAUGUACUUACGCUAUACACAGCCGCCGGGAGAUUUGUAUGAUUGGUAUGAGGACUAUCUGCAGGACGAGGAGGAGAUUGAUGUGAAAGCGGGCGGCGGCCAGGUGGUGACCAUUGGCCAAAUGGUUUACCAGUUUAUGACGAAACUGGACUGGUUCUCCACACUAUUUCCACGUAUACCGGUGCCCAUCCAGAAGCAGAUCGAGAAGAAAAUUGAGCAAUAUUGUCGCGACCAGAGCAUCACAAUCAAUCAGCUGAGCACGGGUCGGGGUCCCGUUGCAACGACAACGGCGCCAGCGACAGCAACCGUAUCCGUUGGCACCAGCUGCGACGAGUACGAGUAUGUCAGCGGUGGCAGCGCUCGCAGUUUGGCACGCGCCGGUGGUGCCAGCGGCGGUUAUCCGCCAGCCAACUAUCGCAAUGAUCACGAUGAUCGCGACUAUUAUUAUGGAGGAGGAGGAGGAGGAGGAGGAGGACAUGCGUCGGGCUCAUCCUACGGGCGCAGUCGCGGCUACGACGAUUACCCACCGGCUGCCAUGAGCAUGCCAUACGCCAGCACCGAGCGCGACAGGGACCAUGGAGAGCAGCGGGAUCACGGCGAGCGGCGACGCAGCAGCAAGCACAAGAAGAAGCACAAGCACAGGCAGAGCUCCCACAGUCGCAGCCGCAGCGCCAGCCGCAGUCGCAGUCAUCGCAGCAGUCGCAGUGCCAGCCGCGGCCGUCAGCGUCACAGCGAGCGCAGCAAGCGCGAGGAGCGCAGCGACAGGCAUCGCCACAACGAUCACUAUGAUGAGCGGGAUAAAGAGCGAGAGCGGGAUAAAGAGCGAGAAAGAGAACGGGAGCGGCGCUAUCGGUGAAUUGGCUGAUGCACAGUUACAUUUGUAGCAAACUCUGAGCAAUGUUUGCAGUUGCUUUUUCCUUUUUUUUCCAUCCUCUCUCCUUCCCCCCAACCCACAUCAGCCCACCCCACCCUUUCCCGCCUCCGUACCACCCUUACCCAACUCCACGAAUUCAUUAUUAUUAACUUCCAAUCAGACUACAAAUAUUUAACUCAGGUUUAAACAGACACCCAACACACACACACAUAUACACACACAUAUACACACACAUAAACACACACACACAUACACACACACACAUACACACACACACAUACACACACACAUACACACACACACCCAAUACAUAUACAGACAACAGCAGCAGAAUGGCUAUAUUUUAUAAUUCAUAACUCUAACUUUUAAUGCUGAAUGUACAUUUUUCAAGUUGUGUUUUGAUGCAAAAUAAAAGUAACAUUUGUUUAA